AAAAGCGACGCCACCAAAGCCACCCCGCUCGGCUCCACUCUAUGCCCUGCCGCCUGCCUCCCCUCCCCUGCCCUCCCAGCUCGCACUUUUCUUUCUCCUCCCUGCUCGGGCGCCUCUCGCCCCAUCACUCCCGUUCCUCCGGCUCCGCCAAUGGCCUCCUCCGGCGGCUUCGUCGUCCUCCUGCUCCUCUCCCUCCCCGCUGUCGCCCUACUCGCCUCCGCCUCCGAGCCCCUCAACCCCGAAGUGCAGGCGCUGAUCGCCAUCCGGCAGGGGCUGGUCGACCCGCGCGGCGUGCUCGGCAACUGGGACCAGGACUCCGUCGACCCCUGCAGCUGGGCCGUGAUCACCUGCUCCGCCCAGAACCUCGUCAUCGGCCUGGGAGCGCCGAGCCAGGGCCUGUCGGGGACGCUGUCCGGGAGGAUCGCCAACCUCACCCAUCUCGAGCAAGUGCUGCUGCAGAACAACAACAUCUCCGGCCGGCUGCUGCCGGAGCUGGGCGCGCUGCCGCGGCUGCAGACGCUGGACCUCUCCAACAACCGCUUCUCCGGCCGCGUGCCCGACACGCUCGGCCGCGUCUCCACCCUCCGGUACCUGAGGCUCAACAACAACAGCUUGUCCGGGCCGUUCCCCGCGUCGCUGGCCAAGAUCCCGCAGCUCUCCUUCAUGGACUUGUCCUUCAACAACCUCACCGGCCCCGUCCCGGUCUUCCCGACAAGGACGUUCAAGGGCGGCGGCGGGGAGGUCCAAGGCUGGCGCGCGGCUGCCGAUCGGCGUAGGGACGAGCCUGGGCGCCUCCUCCCUCGUGCUCUUCGCCGUGUCCUGCUUCCUCUGGCGGCGGAAGCGCCGGCACUCGGGGGCCCGCUCCUCCGUCCUCGGCAUCCUCGAUCGGGGCGGCCGCGACCUGGAGGACGGCGGCGGCGGCGGCGGGGUGGCGGUGGCGCGGCUGGGGAACGUGCGCCAGUUCGGGCUGCGCGAGCUGCAGGCGGCCACGGACGGGUUCGCGGCGAGGCACGUCCUGGGCAAGGGCGGGUUCGGCAACGUGUACCGCGGCCGGCUCGCCGACGGCACGACGGUGGCCGUGAAGCGGCUGAACGACCCCGCCAGCGCGUCCGGGGAGGCGCAGUUCCGCACGGAGGUGGAGAUGAUCAGCCUCGCCGUGCACCGCCACCUGCUCCGCCUCGUGGGCUUCUGCGCCGCCGGUGGGGAGCGCCUCCUCGUCUACCCCUACAUGCCCAACGGCAGCGUCGCGUCGCGCCUCCGAGGGAAGCCGGCGCUGGACUGGGCGGCGCGGAAGCGGAUCGCGGUGGGGGCGGCGCGGGGCCUGCUGUACCUGCACGAGCAGUGCGACCCCAAGAUCAUCCACCGGGACGUCAAGGCCGCCAACGUGCUGCUGGACGAGCGCCUCGAGGCCGUCGUCGGCGACUUCGGGCUCGCCAAGCUGCUGGACCACGGCGACUCGCACGUCACCACCGCGGUGCGGGGCACCGUGGGCCACAUCGCGCCCGAGUACCUCUCCACCGGCCAGUCGUCGGAGAAGACGGACGUCUUCGGCUUCGGGAUCCUGCUGCUCGAGCUCGUCACCGGCCAGCGCGCGCUCGAGCUCGGCAAGGGCUCCGGCGCCGGCCACAACCACAAGGGCGGCGUCAUGCUCGACUGGGUGAGGAAGGUGCAUCAGGAGAAGAUGCUGGACCUGCUGGUGGACCAGGACCUGGGCCCGCACUACGACCGGAUCGAGGUGGCGGAGAUGGUGCACGUCGCGCUCCUCUGCACGCAGUUCCAGCCGUCGCACCGGCCCAAGAUGUCCGAGGUGGUCCGGAUGCUGGAGGGCGACGGCCUGGCCGAGAAGUGGGAGGCCACGAACCGGCCGGCCGCCGCGGGGGCGCCGCCGUGCCACGACGCGCUCGGCUACGACCACCGCAACGACUCCAACGGCUCCGUCUUCUUCAACGACUUCCACGACAACGACAGCAGCCUCAGCAGCGACGAGGCGCGCUCCAUCGACAUGGUCGAGGAGAUGGAGCUCUCGGGGCCGAGGUAGCAGCUGCCGCCUGCCGGGAAGUUAUUCAUAGCAUCAAAGUUCAGACUAGGAUCAGAGUGCUUGAAAAAAAAAUUACAGGUAGAGAGUGACUGAGUGAGGGUUGGUAUUGGUAAGAUUUGUUGCGAGCCAGUUUGGAAUUAAAGUUACCACUAGGUGCUUUAGAGCUUAGACGACCACAGUGUGUAGUUUCUGAUGGGAGCCGCCGUCCUUUUCCCUGGAAAAAAGAUGUAAAGAAAAAGGAUGGCUUCUCUUUUGCUUCUUUUCACAGGCUUCUUUUUCUUUUCCUGCUGCUGCUGUUCUUACUGCUCAUCUCAUCAUCUGGUGACACGAGCACAUGCAGCAUCGCA